GAAGUUGAUGCCUUAUCAUCACAGUCCCUUUGAGCAUGCUGUAGGCUGACACCUCCACCAACCGAGUCAUCUCCCUGAUGCCAGGAUGAAGAGCACGAGCCCACUAUCCUGAUUUAGCCUCUGGCCUGUCUUACUCCUGCUUUAGCAAACAUAACACCAACAUCAAGUCCCUUCUGGGGUGAAAAUCCAUGAGUUCGUCAGCCAAGAUGAAGCUUCAGUUUUGGCCUGAUUUGGUUUCUCCCUUGGAAAAGCUGAAUGGUUGGAUGCUCUUGGUGGUUCUGGUCAUGUUUCUUUUGAUUAUUGACCUUGUGAAAAAGAGACGACCCAGGAAUUUCCCUCCAGGGCCACAACUGUUUCCUCUCAUGGGAACCUACGUGGACUUCAAGCAGCCUCUCCAUCUUGCACUGCAGAAGCUUAUUGGUCAGUACGGGAACAUCUUCAGUGUGCAGUUUGGAAGUCUGACUUUCGUGGUAGUCAAUGGGUACCAAAUGGUGAGAGAAGCUCUUGUCCACCAGGCUGAAAUAUUUGCUGAUCGGCCAAAUAUACCACUUCUCCAAGAAAUAUUUAAAGGCUUUGGUCUCAUAUCAUCAAAUGGGCACAUAUGGAGGCAACAGAGAAAGUUUGCUUCAGCAACUCUGAAAAGCAUUGCUGUAAGUUUUGAGGAAAAAGUGCAAGAAGAGAGCCGGUACCUUGUGGAGACAAUUGAGGAGGAGAAAGGACAACCAUUUGACCCUCAUUACAAAAUUAAUUGUGCUGUUUCGAAUAUCAUCUGUUCCAUAACUUUUGGGAACCGCUUCGACUACCAUGACAACAGUUUCCAGGAAUUACUGCACUCGCUGGCUGAAACGCUGCUGCUCAUCGGAAGUUUCUGGGGCCAGCUAUAUAAUGCUUUUCCUUUGGUUAUGAGAUGGCUACCAGGACCCUUUAGGAAAAUCUUCAGGCACUGGGAAAAACUUCAAUGUUUUGUGAAAGGAGUGAUCGCAAAGCACAAGGAGGAGUUGGACCAGUCCGAAGCAGGAGAUUAUAUUGACUGUUACCUGAAGGAAAUAGAAAAAUUUAAGGGUGACACCACCUCAUGUUUCCAUGAGGAGAACCUGCUCUGCUCCACCCUGGACCUCUUCUUAACUGGGACUGAGACAACGGCAACUGCCAUCCGUUGGGCUCUGCUUUACAUGGCUGUGUACCCUCACAUUCAAGAGAAGGUGCAGCUUGAAAUCGACAUGGUGAUCGGCCAGUCCCGCCAGCCCACCAUGGCUGACAAGGAGAACAUGCCGUACACCAGUGCAGUGCUGAGCGAGGUCCUGCGGAUGGGCAACAUCGUGCCACUUGGGGUGCCUAGGAUGUCCACCAGCAACACCACCCUGGCUGGCUUCCACCUGCCCAAAGGCACCACCCUGAUGACCAGCCUGACUUCAAUAAUGUUUGACAAAAACGUGUGGGAGACUCCAGAUACCUUUAAUCCUGAACAUUUCCUGGAAAAUGGCCAGUACAGGAGACGGGAGGCUUUUCUGCCCUUCUCUGCAGGCAAGAGGGCUUGUCCUGGGGAGCAGCUCGCCAGGACCGAGCUCUUCAUCUUCUUCACAGCUCUCCUCCAGAAGUUCACCUUCCAGGCACCAGAAGCCACUGUGCUGAACUUUGCCUUCACGCUCAGCCUCACACGCUGCCCCAAACCCUUCCAGAUCCGUGCGCUGUCUCGCGACUGAGGUCACUAUGGGGCCAACCCAUGGCUCCCUGCUUCAGCCAUCCCCUCAAGCUGGAAAGUGUCCCUUCUUCCACCCACCCCAUAGAUUUUGGGCCAAAAUGAUGGGCCAUUGACACCCAGCACCCACCAACAUGCAGGUGGCAGUGAGAAGGGCAGGAGGGCCACACUCCACACCCUGCAAUGAGAAAAAAACCCGGGGCUCUUCCCUUCACCUCCUGCCUCCUCCCCUCUUCUAAAGCUGCUUGACAAAAUGCAUGGAUUUAAAAGCCAUAUUACUUAAUUUCAGCCAUUAGCACCUCUCAGGAAAGUGUCUGCCAGCUGCAAAACCGUGGGGACAGUUGAGUCCACAGUGGCUUUUCCAUGGGGAAUAUCCACCACCCAGAAACCCAGCAACACCCACAUCCCAGCACUGCAGUACCCUGAAUGCCCAUGGGCUGUAUUUUCUGACGUCUCGCUAGUUAGCAGGGGCAGCUGACAUUGGACAUACAACCUCUGGGUUCACACAUCAGUGCUAAUUUGGACUUCCAGGUGGCCAUGGCUGAUCCUGAGGCUUGGGUGUGCUUGCUUUGAUGUGCGUUCCCCACACCGCCGUGUUGCUGGUUUGCAAUGGAAACAGAGCUCCUUGCAAAAGCACCAUGCAGGUUUUUUAAUCUCAUACAUAUAUGUAAGUUUUAAUUAGGAGGCUACAGGGUGGUAGAAGCAGCUUCUAUGAUAGGCCAGCCUAAGUGGAAUGGCACAAGGAGUCACGCCUCCAGGUAAAACAUGGCUAUAAAAAUGCAGAAUUGCAAUUGUUAAAGCUGGAAAUGUUUAUCAAAAAAAGGUUUGUUGUAGUAAAAUACACAGUGUGAAAGAAAAAUUGGGAGAAAAUAAUUUAAUGGGGUUGCUCAAUAACAGUUUAGCCAGAGCCCAACAGAACGAGAAGCAGCAGAGAGUGUCAGACGGGUCAUUCCCAAAGCAAUAUGCCGCUGUUCAUCAGGAAGGCAGUGGCAGCAUGGAGGCUUUGAGAUGGGAAGCCAUAAACUCAACCGCUCCCCUUCUGCUUCUGGCAAAGAUUUGUGACCACGCAUGACAGGCAUGUCCAUCGCAGGGGGCCGAGAAGGUGGGUCAGGGGCAUGGCACCACCUGGAUUAGAGACCGCUUCUGCUCAUACGAGGGUCUCUUUGGAAAAGAGCUAAAUAUGCAGCUUGUAGAGAAUUUUUCCAUUUGUAGGACCAAGCAUUAAUGCUUAGAAAUGCUGUUUCCUGUGUGCUUUUGUUUGGAAAACAGUCACAGCAAAGAUUUUUUUUUUUUUUAAUUCUCACCUUUCAUAAGUGACUUUUCUAUGUGCUCAAAUGUAAGAUGCUGAAUAGUUAACAGUAAAACAGGAUUAAAUCGAGUUUCAUUUCCCCCAGCUUUAGCCUUCAUCUCUGUCAAUAACCGCAUUUGCUCUUUUACAAAGCAAUCACCGUGCAGUGGCAGAUUUAUGCCACAUGGGAGAGUCCUUUGCACAUCACAUGCCUACCAUGCUGGGCACAUAGGGAUUUUGUCAAUGAGCUGUCCUUCUAACUGAUCAUUUUAAUCCUAUUGCAUUUUUAAUUAAUGUUUCUCAGUUACGGGUUCUUUUGAGGUUGCUCUAUUUUUUUUUUUCUUUCUAAAAAAGAAAACAUAAAAGAGCUGUUGACUUUUUUUCACCUAUGAAGUUUUCAAAGCCAUUCAGGACUAGUCACUGGUUUCUCUCCACUUUUCGUGUUUGCUCUGGUGUAGGUCUGACCUCUGCUAUGUGGCUGCAGCUCAUAUUAUUUGCACUGGCUUAGCAAACAAAUGUUGAUAUCUUCCAUUUCAAAACUUCCCUUUUGUUGUUAAUGUAGUAUUUGUUCCCUACUCAUGCAAAGAAUAAAUGA